GUCACCAUAGACGUGCUGCGAGCCAGCUUUCGGGACUCCGUCCGGAGGCUCAUCUACGUCGACAUGGCCGCAAUGGUGACUGGCAUCGUAUACGAUCCUGAAUCCAGAGGCUUUCAGAACGGACUAGAAGCUUGUUGCGGGACUGGAAAGCCAUACAACUACGAUCCGCGAGUUCCCUGUGGGACGCAGCGAGUGAUCCGCGGCAGGAACUUGACCGCUCGUGCCUGUUCUAAUCCGAAGCACUACGUGAGCUGGGACGGCAUCCAUACCACCGAGGCGUUCAACAAGGCCGCAAUCCACUCGGUUCUUUCCGGACACUACAUCGAGCCCCAAACGCAGCUUGGGUGCCGCGUCAACUUUAGCGAGUUUUGAAGCGUUACCUGAUUACCUUUUUGUAGAGUUUGUGCUGUUCGUGAAUAAGGAAGAAUAAUUUUCUUGACAAAAUAAUUGUAACAAUGAGCUUUUACAAACAAAUCCACACUGCACACUC